UGAUGCACAACAAUUUACUCACGCUGCAAGGGUGUCGUUGUGCUAGUACGACAGUGAAACAUAUACAAAACUAAAGCCAAUUUAACAAAAACUGACGACACUUUGUAUUAGCUCUGAAUCGGCUAGUUAGCCAGCGCACUUUUCCGCAUACUGCGGUCACGUUAGCUGUUAGCUUAUUUGCAGUGUUUAUGUUCACAGCAGAUUUCAGGGAGCACAGCAUGCUAGAUUAGCUGUUCACUACUGCAGCCCAAAAACGGAUUAAAGGAUUGGAGAAAGCUUGUGGAAGUGAUGGAAAACACGGCGGAGGAGCAAGCAGCAACGAAGCCUGAUGUUACUGUUAAGGGGGAAGCUGCCAUCAAACAAGAAUUCCUAACCACUAAGGAAACAUUUCAUGGGUUUGUAGACUCUGAGUGGCAGGCCAGAAACAGAGAAAAAGUUGGUGAAACUGACAUAAAGGAAGAGACAAAGGAAACAUCUACUGAGGAACCCGAAGCCAAAAAGCUCAAACUAGAGCCCGAGGAGACAAAUAAAUGGGGAAAACCAGACGGUAAAAGACAUCGCGGACAGAAUAAGUCAAGGCCUCACACCAAAUCUUCUGCUUAUGAUGAGAAACGCCUGUGUGUCUCAGUCAUUCAGAGUGAUAAGGAAUGCCACUUCGGAGACAAGUGCCACUUUUACCAUGAUGUUGCAGAGUACAUGGCCAAUAAGCCCGCUGACAUCGGGGAAAGCUGCUACCUCUACGACACGUUUGGGAAAUGUUUUUAUGGCCUCUCCUGCCGCUUUGCCAAAGCUCACACUACUCCUGACUUUAAAACCAUGGAAAAUGCAGACCUCAUAAAGGCAAAUGAGGGCAGGACCACUGUGAAAAACAACUUGAGUAAAGACCUCCAGAAUCGUCUGAGGAAGCACUCUGUGGCCUUCAAGAAGUCAGAGGAGUACCUGAAAAUACUUUCAAACAAUAAACAACAACAGCAGGGGAAUGGUAACAAACCAGUCAUGGAAGCAUCUACAGAUUCAACACAGGAUGGGCAGGAUCAGUUGACAGAAACAGAACAAAAGUUGCAGACCAGCCCUGACAUACACCCUCCAGUGAAGACUGUCGGCCCACUCACUGAUGUGGAUGUUAUCAAGUUGCGCCCGUGUGAAAAGAAACAGGUGGAUUUUCAAGAUAAGCUGUACCUUGCUCCUUUAACGACUUGCGGAAAUCUGCCUUUCCGUCGUGUGUGUAAGCGCUUUGGAGCCGAUAUCACGUGUGGGGAAAUGGCCAUGUGCACAAACCUGCUGCAGGGGCAACAGUCAGAGUGGGCUCUCCUGAAACGGCACGAAAGUGAAGAUUUAUUUGGCGUCCAGGUGGAAGGCUGCUUCCCUGACACUAUGACGAGGUGUGCAGAGCUCAUCAACAACAACACUGAAGUUGACUUUGUGGACAUAAACUCUGGAUGCCCCAUUGACCUAGUUUACAAGAAGGGUGGAGGCUGCGGGUUGAUGACACGCACCAGAAAGUUUGAACAGAUCAUCAAGGGAAUGAAUUAUGUCCUUGAUGUACCUUUGACAGUCAAGAUCCGCACUGGUGUCCAGGAGAAAUCAAACAUAGCACACAAACUCAUCCCUGAGAUGAAGAAAUGGGGUGUCUCAAUGGUCACAUUGCAUGGCAGAUCCAGAGAGCAGCGCUACACCAAGUUAGCAGACUGGGAUUAUAUCAACACUUGCUCUAAGCUGGCCAGUCCUGUCCCACUUUUUGGUAAUGGAGAUAUUCUGUCCUAUGAAGAUGCAAUGAAAGCCAGAGAGACAGGAGUUUCUGGUAUUAUGAUUGCAAGAGGUGCUCUCAUUAAGCCGUGGAUCUUCACUGAAAUAAAGGAGAGCAGGCACUGGGACAUCUCAUCCAGUGAGCGACUAGAUAUCCUCAGGGAUUUCUCCAACUUUGGUUUGGAGCACUGGGGCUCUGAUACUCGAGGUGUGGAGAAGACUCGCACCUUCAUGCUGGAGUGGCUGUCUUUUAUGUGCAGGUAUAUCCCUGUGGGCUUAUUGGAGCGAGUGCCGCAGAAGAUCAAUGAGCGACCUCCAUACUACAUGGGCAGAAACUACAUGGAGUCACUGAUGGCCAGUCAACAUGUUGGGGAUUGGGUCAGGAUUAGUGAAAUGCUGCUAGGACCUGUGCCGAAAACCUUCAACUUUUUACCCAAACAUAAAGCUAAUGCCUACAAGUGAACUCACCUUUAUUUUGGGACUUGAAAAACUCAUGCUUUGUUGUUUUAUUAUUUACCAGAGAGUGGAAUUCACCAGAGAAAAUAUUUGGUUAUAUUUGAAAAAGACUAUUGAAUAGUCUGUUUGAGCUGUGUUGCAGAAGUAGAACAUGUUUGUAUACUUGAAAUAUGCAAUAAAAUUUUUUUGCCA